UGUCAAACAAGUUCUAGGUUUUCAGACAUGGUGUGUUUCUGAGUUCCUGCUGAAUUAUUCAGUCAUGUUUCCGGAUAUGAAGUUCUCCAUUUGGUGUUUGUGUUGGAUUUGUUGUGGUCGUUAUGCCAUCUCAAAAGAUGCCAAGCUCAAUCCUAUUAUUACUGAGGAGCAGUUGCUGUGGAUGGGCGGCGGAGCCGGGAACGUGCACACAUACCGGAUUCCCCUUCUCAGCUUCACCCCGCGUGGACAUCUGGUGGCGUUCGCAGAGGCUCGAAAAACAUCCUCGACUGACAUGGAGGCCAAAUUUAUAGCCAUGCGGCGCUCCACAGAUAAAGGAGCUACAUGGUCUCCAACUUCCUUUAUAGUGGAUGAUGGGUUUCACACUGAUGGCUCAAACUUAGGCUCUGUUGUUGUGGAUGAAGAAACAGGAUCCCUGAUGUUGAUCUAUUCUCUGUGCUUCUACCGCUAUAAAUGCAGCCCUUCGAGCACCAUGUUAAUAGAAAGUCUGGAUGAUGGUGUGACUUGGAGCGCUCCUCGAAAUCUCUCCGUCCAACUUGGGGUCAAGAGCUUCAUCCCAGGACCAGGAUUUGGCAUUCAGAAGCAUUAUCCUCGCGAAGGGCGUUUGGUGGUUUGCGGUCACGGCACCAUCGAGGGCGACGGGGUUUUCUGUAUCCUGAGCGACGAUCACGGGCGCACCUGGAGGAACGGAGGUUCUCUGAAGAGCAUUCCUUAUAACCAGCCCAAACAGAAAGAAGACUUCAACCCUGAUGAGUGUCAGCUGGUGGAGCUGCAGGACGGCAACAUCGUGAUUAAUGUACGGAACCAGAACAGAUACCACUGCCACUGCAGGAUGGUGGUACGGAGCCUGGACGGAGGAGAAACUCUGCCUGUGGAAGAGCUGAAGUUUGACCACGUUUUGGUGGAUCCUGUGGUGGCGGCUGGAGCUCUGCAAAAGGAUGGACUGCUGUACUUCAGCAACCCGGCCAACUCCCAGAGAAGGGUGAAUCUGACUCUGCGCUGGUCUCUGUCUAAUGGCAACUCGUGGGAGAAGAAGACAUUUCAGAUCUGGCCAGGUCCGAGCGGUUAUUCCUGUUUGACAUCUGUCAAAGAUGACAAGAAACACAUUUUUGUCAUUUAUGAAAAAGGCCAUAAAGACUAUUAUGAGACCAUCUCUUUGGCAAAAAUCAGUCUGUAUGGUGGCUUGUAGAAGCCCUGCUUCAGAACUCAACAUUACUAGAGUGCAAAUGUAAAUGCAAAUACAUGACGACUCGACUGGAUUUGGUCUUCACCAGGGAUUAUUAUUUCUCAUUUUUCAUCUGAAAGAGUGAAGUGAAGAAUUGACUGUGGUCCACUGCUGCUCUGGCACAUCUCUACAAACUUCCUGCCAAUCACACACAAACCUGUAACAUCUCACUUGCUUUAGAUGUUAAUUAUAGACAAAAUUAUAAUAUUUUUAGGAUUUUAUCAGUCUCAAUUUUAGCCUUCAGUAAAAAAUUAUAAUAAAAACAAUAAAAUCUUCCCCCAAAUAAUUCAUAUUUACUAAAAUCGAAGCACGAAACAAAUCACUGUCGAGGAAAUGACUGUUUACAGCUAUAACACGGAACAAACUUUCUUAUCUUAAAUGUUCCACAACAUCAAAUCGAACUAUAGUGUAAUAUAUUAUAAUAACUGUGUUUUCCUAUAAAAAUAAAGUCGCGUGUGAUUGUGAUUUGUACUGUUUAACUGCUUAAUUAACAUGAAGGUGUACAGUGAUCAAUAUUAAAACUAUGAAAUGUA